UGAUUGAAUUCAUUAAUUGGCCAUGCAAACGAUGCAUGUCAUUGGAAGGUCAGUGUCCCCGUCCUUGGCCGGCCUGCCUGCCUCUUGUCAGCCAGCGAAAAGCCGCGAGCGAGUCGAAUCAGUCAGCGCAUCAUGUUGCGUACACUUACUGUUGGUAGCGAUGGUAGGGAAAAUCACAUGCGCAUACACACAACACAGCCGCGGAAGUGGCCGGGGUGUACGUAUGUAUGUGUGUGUGUGUGUGUAUGUCGUUGUACGAACGCAUGUUUGCCCUCGUGACGGUCGUGCCGUCCCAGCCAGCUCGUAAUUAUCACCCAGUGGCACGCACGAAUGCACGCAUUAAUGCACUCAUCGACACUGAAAAAGCACCGAGACAGACAGAGAGAAGAAAAGCAGGGAGCGAAGGGGAAGAAAACGUGCCAAUUCACACACACGCAGACACAGACAUGGAGCGAUUCAAGCGAUACCUAGACAUACAACCAGCCUUGUGGCAGAAUGCCAAAAACCUUCGUGUCUCUCUCUCUCUCUCUCUCGCUCUCUCUCUCUCUCUGUCCCUCCCGCCGCAAAACACACAGUCUUCCUUCCACGAAAAGAACUACAUGAUUCAUGAUGAUGGCGCUUAAAUGACGCCCACACACAAAGCGAACGAAAAGAGCAAUGAGCAUACGGGUGCAUAGACGCACGCGUAUGAAGCGAUAUAAAAGGCCAGGUGCCCAUAUGAAAAGUCGCGUCCUCCUCCCCCUCCCCUCCCCGUUGCCAUCAAUAGGGAUUGACAAUUGUGACCUUUGGCGGCUUUUUCGUUUUCUUCUCGGCCGGCUUUUUCUUCGCCUUCCUGAGGUUGCUGAAGCACGCCGGCGAGGCCACCACGUUCGACUCUCUCAGCCGCAUUCCCUUGUCGCCGAGGGCCACGGCCCGGUAGCUGAUGCAUCGCUUUGCGUCGGACGCAUCGACAUCUGUCGAGUGCUCGAACCGAGUUUUCUUGUGUCGCCUGAUCCACUCGAAUCUACCGGCGCCAUUGGCCCGCUCGAUCGACCAGCCUGCGAGGGGCUCACCAGCCGCCGGUACCCAGCCGUUCCACGAGUAAUAGAGAGUGCCGUUGUCGAGCAGGAGGGCGGGGGGCCAGUGGGGGGUGACGUUUCGCCACUCGUACUUGCGAGCUGCAUCGAGCAGAGGGAGAAAAUGAGGGUCUACAACGACGUGCGUGAGACUCACUCACCGCGGUAACUGCUGGAACCAUCUUUCCAGUCGAAAGACAGCAGCACUUCGCCGGUGUCUCGCGAGACCUCCUCGACGAACGGCAAAUGGCCUAGGAUGCCCAGACCGCCCCAGCCCACGAUGGCCGUGCCGUUCUUGGUCCACUGGACACUGCCGUUUGCCAACGAGACGUACCGAUGCGUCUUAUUUCUCAGCCCGCCAUAAUGGGUGAAAACCGGUGUCGCGACCUUGUUGGCCUCGUCGAGCUCGUACUCGACGACGCGCGAGCUGAUCCAAGACGUGGUGCUGAUCACACAGACAGGGGCAAGAGAAUAGAGGGGUCGCUGUUUGUGCUUGGUGGUGGUGGGGUUAUGGGACAUACUUUGCGUGUUUGUUGGCAUUGUCGAAGAGGACCAGUCGGCCGCCCUGCAGUGUGGCGUCGUGCUGGCCCACAAACGGCUUCUCGGCCUCUGACAACACACACACACACACGACACAUGCAUGGCCAUUCUAGAAAGAUCGAGCACAGGGCGUCGCGGCGCACCUGCAUCUGUGGUGUUGCCGCCACUGGCAAUGGUGAAGUCGUUGAGGGCGGCUGUUCCCCCAAACCUCCACAUAACCUCGCCCGUGUCUCUGUCGAUUUUCAGCACCGCGCUGAGCCGCCGCCAGCUCACGAGGAUGCUGUUGUCGUCCGUGAAGGUCGCCGAAUUCUGAUAGGCAUCCACAACGACACGUGUGCCUGCGUGUCGAUCAGAAUACCGCCUUACCUGGUGUAUCAGAUCCCACUCUCCUGGCGCCGUGCCGGGCUCCUCAACCCCAAAACGAGCAUCGGAUUGGGCGACCAAAGAAGGCAGCUCGAAGUGAUCCUGAUGGCGACAGGGCCACAUCGGCAGAGAAUGAAUGUCACACACGAGGUUCCCAUCUUUUCUCGCUUUACCCAAGAGCGAAACUCCAUGACGACAUUGUUGGCGACAUCAACCUCCUGCACGAUGGCCCCUAUCAAUGUCACGUACUCGUCAGGGGCGCCAUCGAACAUCCCCUUGACGUUGACGCGCUGCUUGUCCUGCACUGUGAACAGGCGAUUGCCGUUGUUGCCCGCCAGCCGAAAGUCAUGAGGGUCCAGCGCGUAGCCUGCAAGGCAACGUGGAAGGAAGGGAUGGAUGGAUGGAAGGCCUCUGUUAAAGCGUCUGAGCGUGAGUACCAUGCUCCGGGUGAUGUCUGCGUACAAACCGCAGGCUUCUGUCUUUCUCGACAAUAUCAAUACCGGCAUACGCCAGAAAAUGCCCGUUCUCCUCCGACACACCGAUCAGCGGCGGGCCGGUGCCGGUCUCCGGCAGCCCCUGCUGCGCCUCCCUCUCCUCGUAAUACACCAGAUCGCCAGAAUUGUCGACCACCACGGCGUAGGGAUACCACACAUUGUUGCCAACGGUGUCCCUGUCCAGGCUGUUGGAGGCGAAAAUGCACCCCGGGGCCAACUUCUCGGUCUUCGGCGGGCCGCGGAUUCGCAUUCUCGGCAAGUGGAGGGGGAUGGUCUUGUAGCUGUUGUAGGGGGCCUCGUACCAGUCGCUCUGCAUUUCCUCGACAGCUGGGGGGAGAUCUGAUGCAUCUUGCAGGGCCCGCAGUGCGCCGUGGGGUAAGUGCCGGUGAUUGGCUAGCAGCCUGCGAUCAUUUGAGGUGUCGUUCUCCUCCUCGUCAUUCCCCUCGUAGAUAAGGUAGCCCGACAAGUCUGUCUCGGACACAUGGAACGACCAUUGGACGCCUGAAGAAAAGCCAGAGAGCGACCAAACGACCAUCAAGGGCGAACGAGUCCCUCCCUGUUUGAUACCUACCUUUCAGCCACUUGUCGGCUUGCGUCAUGAGACCAGGGUGGACCCUCACAGUGACCCAUUCGCCAGGCUUGAAUGGCUGCUGCGGCUUGAACAGCAGCGUGCGGCCGUCCUCUGAGAGCCUCGUUAGGCCAUCAUGCAGCCCCGUCUCAUGGCCGUUGACCUCAAUCCUGCCUUCGACCGUGCCCUGCUUGAGGGGCUCGCCCUCACGCACACCGAUGCUGGUGAAAGCCGACACGUACCUGCACGGGCACAGCACACACACACAGUGUGUGCUGUGCCUUGCAGGGGCUUUUCGUUCGUUCGUUUGUUACUCUGCUCUUGGUCGCGGGUGUGCGUAGAUGAGGUCGCUCUCGGCAAAAUACACGUAGCGGCGCUGCUGUUGGUCCUGAUCUUGAUGCUGCUGGUGGUCCUGGUUUUGGUGCUGCCAAGGUGGCUGCUGCUCUUGAUGCUGCUGGGGAGGGGGCUGCUGCUGAUGGUCUUGAUGCUGCCAUGGUGGCUGCUGGUGCUGCUGAUGGUCUUGGUUCUGCUGCCACCAAGGUGCGGGCCAUGGUGCGGGUGCAGGCGGCUGUUGUUGCUGGUGUUGCUGCCACCAGUUGUUUGGUGGCCAUGGCGCCGGCUGCUGCGCGAGCACAGAGUGGAGGAGGAAGGGCAGCGUGGCCACGAGCAUAUUGCACCGACGACAAGCGGCCAUGGUCUCCAUCCCGCAUUCAGCAGGCGCCUCCUGCACGUCGUGCCAACGGCCUUGUAAAUGCAU